CCCUCUCGGGAAGAUGGCGCUGCGCGGCCAGAGUCUGGCAGAACUAGAAGUACUAUGUAACCACCUAUAUGAAGGAACUGAUCUCGCACAGCGAAUGCAAGCAGAGAAGGUACUCUUGGAGCUAAUUAAUAGCCCAGAAUGUCUUAGCCAGUGCCACCUUUUAUUAGAACAAGGAACAACAUCAUAUGCUCAGCUUCUAGCAGCAACAUGCCUGUCUAAGCUUGUAAGCAGGGCAUCUCCAUUACCCGUUGAACAAAGGAUUGACAUCCGAAAUUACAUUCUGAACUAUGUAGCUUCUCAACCCAAACUGGCUCCUUUUGUCAUCCAAGCUCUUGUUCAAGUCAUUGCUAAAAUUACAAAAUUAGGAUGGUUUGAGGUACUGAAAGAUCAACUUAUCUUCAGAGAUAUUACUGCUGAUGUAAAAAAAUUUUUGCAGGGCACUGUGGACCAUUAUAUAAUAGGAGUAAUGAUUCUCUCAGAACUGACUCAGGAAAUGAAUCUAGUUGAUUAUUCAAGACCUUCAGCAAAACAUCGUAAAAUAGCUACCUCAUUCCGUGACACCUCUUUAAAGGACAUACUGAUGCUUGCGUGCUCUCUUUUAAAAGAGCUCUUGGCAAAACCUUUAACCAUUCAGGACCGACAGCAAGAAAGUCUAGCAAUGCAUCUUCUGAAGCUUGUGUUAAACUGUCUUAAUUUUGAUUUCAUUGGAAAUUCAGCUGAUGAAUCUGCAGAUGACCUAUGCACCGUGCAGAUUCCAACAAACUGGAGAACAAUUUUCCUGGAGCCAGGGACCUUGGACCUGUUUUUUGAUUUGUAUCAUUCCCUUCCACCAAUGCUGUCUCAGUUAGCACUUUCUUGUUUAGUUCAGUUUGCUUCUACGAGGAGAUCUUUAUUCAGCAAUCCAGAACGUGCCAAGUAUCUUGGCAAUCUAAUCAAAGGAGUGAAACAAAUACUUGAAAAUCCACAGGGUUUAUCUGAUCCGGGUACUUACCAUGAAUUCUGUCGUUUUUUGGCUCGGCUAAAGACAAAUUAUCAACUGGGAGAGCUAGUAAUGGUGAAAGAUUACCCAGAAGUUAUCCGGCUCAUAGCAAAUUUUACUAUUACUAGCUUACAGCACUGGGAGUUUGCUCCAAACAGUGUUCAUUAUUUGCUAACUCUGUGGCAAAGAAUGGUGGCAUCUGUACCUUUUGUGAAAACGGCAGAACCCCACCUCUUAGACACAUACGCACCUGAGAUAACAAAAGCUUAUAUUACUUCUAGACUGGAUUGUGUUCCUGUAGUUAUAAGAGAUGGUUUAGAAGAUCCACUGGAUGAUACAGCUACAGUUUUCCAACAACUGGAGCAACUGUGCACAGUUAGCAGGUGUGAAUAUGAAAAGACCUGUACACUUCUUGUACAGUUGUUUGACCAAAAUGCACAAAACUACCAAAAAUUAUUGCACUCUUCUAGUAGGAAUCCAUUAGAAAUCACAGUCCAGGAAGGGCGUCUGGCAUGGCUUGUCUAUUUUGUGGGUACUUUUGUGGGGGGACGAUUGACAUACACUAGUACUGAUGAACAUGAUGCCAUGGAUGGAGAAUUGUCCUGUCGAGUUUUUCAGCUCAUAUCUUUGAUGGAUGCCCAGUUACCACAGUCUAGUAAUGAAAAAGUAGAACUGGCAAUUCUGUGGUUCUUGGAUCAGUUUCGCAAGACCUAUGUGGGGGACCAGCUUCAGCACACCUCAAAGGUAUAUGCCCGAAUGUCAGAAGUCUUAGGAAUAACAGAUGACAACCAGGUUCUAGAAACAUUUAUGACAAAAAUUGUUACAAAUCUUAAAUACCGGGGAAGAUGUGAGCCUGUGAUUUUAAGAACUCUUCAGUUUCUAAAUGACCUUUCAGUUGGUUAUAGUCUCCUAAAAAAACUUGUGAAAAUAGAGGCUGUGAAGUUCAUGCUUCAGAACCACACAAGUAAGCACUUCCCUUUCUUGGGCAUCAGUGAUAAUUACAGCCUCAGUGACCUUAGGUGCCGGACAAUGUUCUACACUGCUCUCACUCGUCUUCUCAUGGUAGAUUUAGGUGAAGACGAGGAUGAAUUUGAGAAUUUCAUGCUGCCUCUCACAGUUUCAUUUGAAAGUGUGACUCAGAUAUUCAACAGUAGUUUUGAACAAGAAGAGGCAAAGCGUAUGUUGAUCGGGCUGGCAAGAGAUCUUCGAGGGAUUGCCUUUGCACUAAACACAAAGACCAGCUACACCAUGCUGUUUGACUGGAUAUACCCUGCAUACAUUUCUGUUCUGCAAAGAGCUAUUGAGCUGUGGUACCAGGAACCUGCAUGUACAACUCCUAUCUUGAAGCUGAUGGCAGAAUUCAUGCAAAACAGAUCACAACGUUUAAAUUUUGAUGUAUCAUCUCCAAAUGGAAUUCUUCUCUUCAGAGAAGCUAGUAAAAUGAUUUGUACGUACGGUAAUCAGAUCCUCUCUCUUGGGACUUUGUCAAAAGAUCAGGUUUAUCCGUUGAAACUCAAGGGCAUUUCCAUCUGUUACUCUGCACUCAAAUCUGCCUUAUGUGGAAAUUAUGUCAGCUUUGGCGUCUUCAAGUUGUACGGGGACAACCACUUUGACAAUGUACUUCAGGCCUUUGUCAAAAUGCUGCUUUCAGUAUCCCACAGUGACUUGCUACAAUAUCGAAAACUAAGCCAGUCUUAUUACCCACUUUUGGAAUGUGUGACCCAGGAUCACAUGAGUUUCAUUACCAGUUUAGAGCCUCGUGUCCUAAUCUAUAUCCUUACUUCAAUAUCUGAAGGACUUACUGCAAUAGAUACAAUCGUCUCCUCCAGCUGUUGCGCUAGCUUAGACUACAUUGUCACAUACCUCUUCAAGCACAUAGCUAAAGAAGGCAAGAAGACUCUACGAUGUAGAGAAAUUUCACAGGAUGGACAAAGGUUGUUUAAUUUCAUGCAGCAGAACCCGGAAGUACUACAGCAGAUGAUGUCAAUCCUAAUGAACACCAUCAUUUUUGAAGACUGCAGAAACCAAUGGUCUGUGUCAAGACCACUGCUCGGACUUAUACUUCUCAACGAGAAAUACUUCAGUGAGCUAAAGGCAACCUUGAUAAACAGCCAGCCUGACAGCAAACGAGAAGUCCUUGACCAGUGCUUCAGGAACCUCAUGGAAGGAGUCGAGCAAAACCUUUUGGUAAAGAACAGAGACAGGUUCACUCAGAAUAUGUCAGUCUUUCGAAGAGACAUGGUUGAAGCUCUGCGCAGCGAAGGGGCCUCAGAUCACGGCAGUUUGGACAUGAUGAGUUGACAUCGACUUAGGAAACCAGAGCACUGGCUAAUAAAACUACUUUGAAAGUUUUGAGACUCUGUUAUAUUGUUAGAUUUUGUCCCCUAUGAAAACUAUUUUUUUAAGAUAACUUCUGCCUUUUUAUAUCUCUGGCAUAAACAUAAGGAUUUGUGAUAGUGUAAACAAUGUAAAAUCAGCCUUAGCUUGAACAUUUUCAGCCUUUCUUACCAAAAUU